AUGACCCUAAUUUCAUUUUUUCUUCCUUUUUUUGUGUUUUUCAAUACUAAAAACCUGAAAUAUUACAAAAUAUACGCAUCUCUUACAUACGAUUUGCUUAAAUAUGUGUCACGAGUGUUGAUAUAUGCAUUGUUUCAUUGUUUUGGUACCUAUAUUAUACGAUACGCUCAUUAUAGAAAUAUUCUGUUGAAUAUCAUACAAAUUAUAUUGCUUAAAACACAAAAAUUAAAGAAGUACAGAAUAUGUCAACCAUUACCACUACUUCUUUAUGAAAUUAUUCACUGA